AUGGGAUACUUUAGAGCUUAUUCACCAUCAUGUGCUCCAAAUGUUGAAUCCUUACUUUGCAGGUCAACAGCAAAUCCUGAGGACUCAGGAAAUAAUCAAUUAUGGGGAAUGAGAAAUGAUGAUGAUGAUGAUGAUGAUGAUGAUAUGUGUGUGAUUGAUGAUAAAGAAGAGUUCUCUGUGUGUGAUGUCAAACACAAAUAUUUUGUGCCAUAUAACUUUGAGAGUUUCAACCCAAUGUCUGAUCCCUCUGAAGACUGGGGGUGUAAAUUUGAUGCAACUCCAGAACUGGAAAAUAGAGAAGUUAGUUUGGACACUGAUGAAAGUUAUAAGUCACGUACUCAAUUGCUACUUAUCACUUUGUUUAAUGCUCCUGUAUUACAGGUGUUUGGGUCUCCGAAUGAUGCUGAGAAGUUAGAGUUUUUAUUCUACAACUAG